GAUCAGCUCAUCACGCGACAAGAUGACAACAAGUCAAUAGAUGGAUCCCUGGAAGUUUUGUUCCAUCACAUGACAUUAGCCUAUAGUGGUGGCAAGCUGGUGUCCCCAAAAUGGAAGAACUUCAAAGGGAUAAAAGUUCGUUUGAAAGAGAAGAUCCGACUGAACAACAUCAUUUGGCGGGAGUGGCAUAUGCAA